AAACUAAGCAAAAUAUAUAUCAAAAAGUAAAAGUAUAUUAAUCUUGAAUAUCUCAUUCUGGUUUCAGAACAAAUAUUAUAAAAUGUAGUUUAAUCUAUUUUUUAACAUUUUGCCUACUUUUUUCUAAGUCCUGGCGUAAUGACGCAAUUUUCACGCGACAAACGGAGGGCGGUUUGAAAGGAACGAAGCGGCUUCUGUCAACAAUCGCUAUUAAACUGAUGUUAUGUGGUCAGACCAUAAUUUCUAGACUGUCAUCGUCGCGUAAUAGUUUCCCAGCUAGCAAAGAAUAAACCCGGACGGGUUUGCUGGCGUUAGCGACUUCCUGACAUUUCUCCGCUACUUGCUAGCUAGCUGCUGUCUGUCCGGCGAAGAUGCAUCCGUGAAUGUAUCUUAAUAUUAAAUGAUUCAAAUCUGGUUAAGAUGGCUAGCGUACAUGAAAGUCUGUAUUUUAACCCGAUGAUGACGAACGGAGUGGUGCACGCUAACGUGUUUGGCAUCAAGGACUGGGUGACUCCGUAUAAGAUCUCUGUCUUGGCGCUGCUGUACGAGAUGACCGCUGCAAAGAUCAGCCUGCUGGAAAGGAGGCGUCUUAAUAAACUCAUCCUUCCUCUUCAGCAGGGUCCGGAUCUGUCUCUCGGGCAGUUUCUGAAGACAGUAGAGGAGUGCUGUCCACAGACUGCGUAUGCAAUCAAACUCAGGCUCCAUGAAAUGGCAGAGGGCGAGCUGAAAGACAUGGAGUACUUCUUUUCCACCCUUCCAACCCCGUUCACUGCCUUUGAUUCUGAAGCGUACAAAACCAGUGUUGUUGGUCUGUUCAUGAGGCACAUGCUGCUGGCCUACAACAAGCUGUCUUUCAGUCAAGUUUACAAGCUGUACAAGUCCCUGCAGGAGUACUACCACAGUCACUACAGCAAACCCUCAGAGGGUCCGGUGAGUUUGUCGGUGCUGGCGGCAGACGACUCUGACAUGGACCUCACCAGCACUGAGGACACAGUAGGGGACAGGAUGGAGAGCAAGGAGCUGGACACGCCACUGCAUCUGUCAGAACUUCGAAUUGACAACACUCCGAGCAAAGGGCCCCUGUCUCAAAAACAAGCAGAGUAUUUUCUUGCACGGCAGGCAUAUCUCAUGAAGAACGAUGAGAACAAAGCCUUGAAGCCGGCUGAGCUGCAGGAAGAGCUCAACAACAUGCUCAAGUUUAACCCGGAUUUUGCCGAAGCUCACUACCUGAAUUACCUGAACAGCAUGAGAGUCCAGGACAUUUUCCUCUCCACCCACAGUCUUUUACACUAUUUCGACCGCCUCAUUUUGUCUGGAAACGACGGGAAGAGCAACGGCGAUGAAGGUUACGGGCGGAGCCUUCGCUACGCUGCUCUGAACCUGGCGAGUCUCCACUGCCGCUUCGGCCACUAUCAGCAGGCUGAUCUGGCUCUGCAAGAGGCCAUCCGCAUCGCCCAGGAGUCCAACGACCACGUCUGCCUGCAGCACUGUCUGAGCUGGGUCUACACGCUGGAGCAGAUGAAGGGAUUCGACAGCACCGUUCUGACCGAGGAUUCCGUGAAAAUGGCUGCACAUUUCUGUCUGCCGUACUUGGCUUCUCUGGGCAUUCAGUCUUUGGUCCAGCAGGGGGCGACACAGGGUAAGACUGCACACAAGCUGAUGGACGCUCUGAAGGACACGGACAUCCUGCACUGGAAGCACAGUCUGUCGGAGCUGAUCGAGAUCAGCCUCGCCCAGACCACGUCCAUAUGGAGGAUGUACGGGAAGAGCACCAUGGCUCUGCAGCAGGCCCAGCUGCUUCUCAACAUGAGCAGUCUGGAGCCAGUCAACUUCGGGGUCCAGCAGAACAACACAGAGGCCUUCGCCGUUGCUCUCUGCCACCUGGCCGAGCUGCACGCUGAGCAGGGUCUGUAUGGGGCGGUUUCAGAGAUUUUACAGCAUCUGAAGGAACAGUUUCCUCCUCACACACAACACGCAAAGCUUUGGAUGCUUUGUGAUCUGAAGAUCCAGUUUGACAGACACAUGAACAAAGGAAAGUAUCUCUUGGCAGAGCCGCUGGUGGCAGCGAUUUCCGCCUUAAACAAAACCGAAGGCCUCUACAGAAAAGCACAAGUUCUGAAGGCUCUGAACCGCAGCACAGAGGCGCACAACAUCCUACAGCAGCUGCAGGUUCACUGUGAGAAGACCAAAUGCACGGAAAUCAUCAUCAGGGCAAUGCUGUCCACGGCCGAGCUUCACUGGGAGUCAUCUGGCUUCUCCACAGCCCUUCCUCUCGUCCUGCAGGCCUUGGCUCUGGCCAGAGAGCACCACCUGCAGGCCCUGGCCUCAGAAACCAUCCUUCAUCUGGCCUUCACGCAGCUGAUGCUGGGAGUCCCUGAGCAGGCGCUCUGCGUUCUCCACGAAGCCAUGGAGCCCAUUCUGGCGCACGGAGCCGUCCUGGACAAAGGCCGCGCCAUGUUGCUGGCAGCUCGCUGUCAGAUGGCUGUAGCUGGGUUCAAGCCAAAUGGACAAGGUCAACCAGAUCUGCAUUUGAUACGCUUGGCCGUCGUCUCCCUGAACGAGGCUGCGGCCUGUUUCUCUAAGCUGAACUGUAAGCAGCGGCUGCGGGAUGUCCACUACCUGCAGGCUCAGCUGCACCGCUCCCUUGGACAGACCUUGCAGAGCAACAAAAGCUCCAUGCUGUUCCGGCUGCUGGACCAGGAGCUGCAGUCACCAGCUCCGCCAGUCUCCAUGCGUCUCUGAUGACACUCCAUUACCACAAUAAGACCUGUCAUGCUGCAAUGCACCACUAGGUGGUGUAAAGAUCCCACUCUGAUUUUCUCUGUGCCUAAAAUGGUUUGUUGAUAUAUGUUUUUGUAGCUGAAUAUAACUAAUGUUUUAAAGCUUCUUCCAAGGUUCAUCAACUUAGUCUGACAGGAAUUCUGUGCAGAAAAGUUGAAAUUUGCCUCACCUGUGGUAAUUCACCCUCUGCCUUUUGAUGAAUGAGGGUAAUAUCACAGUUAGCUGCAAGAUUAAUGUGUUUCAGUGGUCUGGAUGAUGCAUAUAUUGCCCAAAAGAUGCUAAUAAAGCUGUAAGCCAGAGAUGGAAAAUAAAAAUCGGUGUUGCCUCGAUGAAGAAACACAGUGGAAAGUGAAUUCCCCUUGAUGUUUUCAGCUACAGAUGUUGGCUUUGGAGUGUUUUGUCUAAAAUUCUAUCUUCAUACCUUUAAAAAAUAAACGUUUUCUCAUCUUGUCUUAUUUUUAA